UGUUGAUGUGUUGCUGGAGAGUGUCCCCAGGAACUGAAGCUGAAGAGACCAAAAAAAAAAAAAAAAAAAAAAUUGCAUUUAAAAAAAAUAAUAAUUAUAAAAUAAAUAACAUUUAAAGAAUAGACUUUUACGCGCAGAGAAAGCAAGCUUGGAGAUAAUAAAACGCAAGAGGGGAAACAAGCUGCUUGAGUGAAGAUGAGUCUGCAGUGGACGGCCGUUGCUGCUUUUCUGUAUGGGGAGGUGUUUACUGUACUCUUACUGUGCCUUCCCUUCAUCUCACCAACCAGAUGGAAUCGAAUCUUCAAAUCUCGGCUGGUGAAGAUGGUCAUGGCGUAUGGCAACACCUACUUCCUUGUUCUCUUCCUCAUACUGGUUCUUCUGCUUAUAGACGCGUGCCGUGAAGUGCGCAAAUACAGCGUCACAGAAAAAGUGGACCUAACGAACAACCCUGUGGCUGUGGAACACAUUCACAUGAAGCUGUUCCGAGCUCAGAGGAACCUGUACAUCGCCGGCUUCGCUCUCCUGCUGUGGUUUUUGCUGAGACGCCUGGUCACCUUGCUGUCUCAGCAGGCCACCACGAUGGCUUCAAACGAGGCCUUCAGGAAACAGGCAGAGGGAGCGAGCGACGCGGCCAAGAAGUACAUGGAAGAGAACGAGAGGCUUCAGGAGGAGCUGAAAGAAGCCGGCAUCGAAACGCCAGAGGCCAGGAAAAAGGGACCGAGUGUGGCAGAAGAAAACCAGAAUCUGAAAGCAGAGCUGAAGAAACUGAAGGAAGAGUUUGAGAUAACCAAGAAAGCUCUGCAGACCUCCGAGAACGACAUGAAAACAAUGAAAAAGCAGGCGGAGAACUUGACCAAAGAGUACGACAGACUGCUGGAGGAACACGGCAAGCUUCAGGCUCAGGGGGACGCGCCAAGAGUUAAGAAGGACGACUGAACCAGCUCUAGAGAUUUGGAUCACCGUACCCCCCCCCCCCC